AUGCUAUCUCUUAAAGAGCUUAUGGAAAAGCAGAAAGAAAUCGAAAAUCAAAUUAAUCAUGAAAAGCAAAUUAACAAAAAUAGGCUAGAAUCUGUGAAAUAAAGGGCAGGCAAUCACAUUUGCGGAGUUUAAAAAGCAAUCAGAGUCUCAGAAAAAUAACGUCACCCAGGUUACACAAGCUGAGACUCAGUUUUGAAACAAAGCUGUUAAGAGAAUACAAAAGAAAUAAAACACAAGUGUUCACGAAAAUGGGGAAGAAAAUAACUGAUGCUUUCUUAAACAAGAAAGUUCUCCCUAAACCCCAAAGCAAGCUCAAGCAGAAAAAGGAUUCUGAAGAUAACCUAAAUUUACACUCUCAGAUACUUAAGCCUUCAUCUGAGAAGAUCGAGAAUGAAAGCCCUGAGCAGUCUCCAAUUUUAAAGAAAAUGAAUCAAAACAGUACCUCAGGUGGUAAUCUUGAGAGAUCUAAAACCAUCAUCCCAGAGAAAGUUGACAAAGUCAAACUUCUUGAAAAAUAGUUUAACGAAGAUCAAGUAUAAUCAAAUUGAGGAUAAGAAUGAAGCAGAGGAAGAGAUAGACCAGGAUUUGUCCCUUGGAUCUCUCAUUAGAAGUCCUCAAAAAGAAGAACCAAACCUGAACACCACCUUUAAAAAUGUUAGCAAAAAGCAGAGCAAGGAGGUAGAAAUCAAGGAGGAGAACCUUCUCUUGGACCUUUACUUCCAUACACUGGAUAAUAGCCAUGUGUUUGAUAAAACAGAGAAGAAGACUAUGUUCAAGAGAGACAUCCCUUUAGCUCAGCCACCCUCCACUAAAUCUCGAAAUAAAGAUAAACGAACCUCUUUUAAACAUCAGAAUGGAAGGAAAAUUCCUGUAAAAUAAAUAGCCCUAUUCUAUCCUUGCAUCGUCCUCAUGCUGUUAAUUAUCAGCAAAAGAAGAUAAAAAUUAUCAAGAAAACAUAUCAGCCUGAUAUGGCUGAAAUCGAAGAAGAUCCUUCACUAAAUUCAAGAAUUAGUAACACUAUUGUUCAAAGGAAUCCUCAUAUUGCGAUGUCUAAGAAUAGACAUAGAUUGCAGUCCCAAAAUAUUCCAAACAUCAGCCCAAAACAAAAAAUCUAUAACAGAAAUAGAAAUAGAGGUUUUUCUAGUAGCCAAGAAGGUAUUGGCUUGCCUCCUAUUCAUCCUUUAAGAAAGAGUGGGCCUAAAAAGGGAUGACCAAAAAGAAGAAAAAUAAACCCAGAAGCAUCAAAAAAUAUUUCUCAAACGCCUCAAAAUUUCCUUUGGAAUCGUAAACCCUCAGAUGGAUUUGAACUUGCAAAACAAAAAUUGCAAAGAAGCCGAGACUACUGGGUCUCAAACGUAAAAUCAAAACUAAAACCCUCCAACCAAACAGCACACCCUGACCAACCUCCAAACCAUCCAAAAACCGCUCCUACUCCUUCAACCGAAUUCAAAUUCAUAACUCUAGAACAACUCUCUACCCAAAAAGGCCCCAAAAUCCCCACUGUCCAAUUCCAUUCCUACCUAAACUCAAUUUU